CUUUGAUCACGUGACAUGUUUAACCUCAAAAGUCACCCUUACAAUUAUACAGCUGUAACCACACCCAAAAAAUAUAGAAUGGCAGACUCCGACCGCAUCGUAUUUCCAGACGAGUUGGCCGAGGCAAAGGCUGACGUGGUAGACGCUGCUCCCCCCGCCAACAAGACCUCGGGUAAAGAACACUCCAAAAAGGUGGAGAAGCCACCUAAAGAAGUCUAUGGAAUCCAUUUGAGGAACGCGAUUGUCGUACCCAGUAACUGCGACAUGGCGAGUAACGGUGUCUGCUACGAAGUACACAAAGAUGAAGAAUUUCGUUCUUAAUGCACUUAAAGUGUGAUCUAGAAUUAAGUGUUUUCAUGGUUCUGCGUUUGUUUUGUACACAUUGUGACGUGAAAAGUUUUUGUAUUCGAGGUUUUUAUAAGGAACCUCGUUGAUAAUUGUAAAAUGACGAAUAAACACCUUUUUAGGAUAUAAUGAUUGACUACUGUACGCGGUUGUAAUAAUGUUCUUUUUAAUCAAUAAAUGAGUGAUUGGAAAUGUUAA